AUGUUGAGCCUUGGUCAUGACGGCAGCCUCAGCAAGGUGUCCAGUAACAGUGUGCUGGGAGGAGCAGUAUCUAUGGCGUCCUACAACAACAAGUCGGCUCUAGCCCUUGCUCAUUACGGUCCCGAGCCAGCCAUCUCACUAUUCACUAUCGACGGAAAGAACACCAUUUCAUCUUUGCAAAAUAUUACCUUCCCUGCUCCGGCGAAUGAGUCUGCGCCGGAGCAGAUUCAUCAAGCGGUUGUCGAUCCUACAGGGCAGUACAUGAUAUUUCCCAGUCUCGGUGCAGACACAGUCCAUGUGUAUUGCAUCGAUCCUGUCACCCACUUGCUCACCGAGCAUGCGCCACUCAAAUCCAAGCAAGGCUACGGGCCGCGACAUGCAGUUUUCUGGACAGGCACCAAUUCUACGACGACGUAUCUUUUCGUAGUCCACGAGAAAGCCAACAAGAUCACAAGCUACGAAGUUUGUUAUCUCGAGCAGGGUGGCUUAACUUUCACCGAAGUCGACGAGGUCAGCACAUACGGCAAUCAGACCGUCCCACCAGCUACCUUCGCUUCAGAAAUGACGCUUUCACCCGAUAAUAAAUUCCUAAUCGCUGCAAACCGCAACGGUACAGUGUUCACUGUAGAGAACUCGGACCCAAACAACAGCACUCAGCUUCCAAGUGAUUCGCUUGUAACAUUUAAACCUUCAGCCGACGGGAAGCUAUCGUUUGUCCAGCUCGCAAAAUCAGGCGGAGUGUACCCUCGCCACUUCGGUAUGAAUCAAAAUGGAUCGUUGAUCGCGGUUGCGAAUCAACUGAGCAAGAACGUCAACAUCUACGCGCGUAAUCUAAAAACCGGAUUCAUCGAAGACGGCAAAGCGGUAGCUAGGGCUGAUAAUCUUGGGCCCGGCGAUUUGAUGUUCGUGCAGUGGUUGGAACAACAGUAG